CCGGUCCUGCUCCGGGCUCCGGCGUGCGCCUCCGCUGCCCGCUGAUGCUGCCCCGGAGAGGCUCCGCGCCGGGGGCUGCCCCGCGGUCCAUGGGAUGAAGGGAGCCUGACACCUGUCUGGAGAGGAGUCCCCAGCCCCUGUGGAGCUGCCCACCAUGAGCAGGACCCUGCUGGCAGGCAGGAUGCAGCCGGAGAUGCGGAGCGUCUGCGUGUUCCUGCCCACGCGCGAGCAGCUCAGCCUGGCCGUGGGGGUCAAAGCCACUGGACAGGAGCUCUUUCAGCAAGUUUGUGAUUUAGUGAAGAUUAAAGAGCCUCACUUCUUUGGCCUCAGCAUUGUUAAAAAUAAUGAAUAUGUUUUUAUAGACUUGGAGCAGAAGCUUAGCAAAUACUUUUCAAAGGAAUGGAAGAAAGAGACCACCAAAGGGACAGAGAAAUUCAGCCCUCCAUUUGUUGCAUUCUUUAGAGUACAAUAUUAUGUAGAAAAUGGAAGAGUAAUAGGCGAUAAGGUGGCACGGCAGCUCUACUACUGCCAUCUCAAAGAGCAAGUACUUAUGUCUCAUUGCAACCACAAAGAAGAAAUCUACUUCUUGCUGGCUGCCUACAGCUUACAGGCAGACUUGGGCAACUACAGAGAGAAGGUCCAUGAUGGCAAAUAUUUUGAACCUCAGGCUUAUUUCCCACAAUGGAUAAUUGCAAAGAGGGGGAGCGACUACAUCUUGAAACAUGCCCCAGAGAUGCACCGAGAGCAGCAAGGGCUGAGUGCUAAGGAAGCAGUGCUGAAGUUCAUUAAGGAGUCCUGCCUGCUGGAAGAUGUGCCCGUCCAUUUCUACAGGCUGCAGAAGGAUAAGAAGGAGGAUCGACCGACAGUUAUCCUGGGCCUGACCCUGAGAGGAAUGCACAUCUAUCAGGAGGUGAAUCACGUUCGCCAGCUCCUCUACGACUUCCCCUGGUCACACAUCGGGAAGCUGGCCUUUCUGGGGAAAAAAUUUGAAAUCCAGCCAGAUGGUUUGCCCUCUGCACGGAAACUGGUUUACUACACGGGUUGCCCCUUCAGGUCACGCCAUUUGCUGCAGCUACUCAGCAACAGCCACCGGCUCUUUCUGAAUAUUCAGCCAGUUUUGAAGCAGAUCCAAAAACUGGAGGAGGCUGAAGAGAAGAAGCGCUACCGGGAGUCCUACAUCAGUGACACUCUGGACAUGGACCUGGAGCCGUGCGACAAGAACUCGCGUGGCAGCGGGAGCAGCGGGGGCAGCCGCAGGGAGCAGCGCCUCUCGCGCCACUCCACGGGCAGCCACGGCAGCUCCCACACCUCGGGCAUCGAGGCUGACUCCCGGCACCGCGUCUCCGUGGAGAUGUCGGUGGACGAGCCCUUCGGCAUCGACCGCGUGCACAGCAAGGAGAAAUCCUGCAGCUCCACCAUCAGCUACGGCAGCUCUGGCAUCGACAGUGGCAGCAAAGGGCGGGCUGAAGAUGACGCUCAGGAUGAUGAGCUUGAGCUGGCAGUAGAUGAGCCAGAGGAGAUGCCUGUAGAUGAGCCUUUAGAGGGAGACCAGUUAGAGGAGGCCACUGUGGGAGAAUCUGUUGAAUCCCUGCCUCUAGAUGCUGCUAGCUGCCAAGCUAUAAAUCAGGAAUCUCUGUCUGUGGUGCAAGUCACACUAAUCAAAAUGAGAGGCCAAAGUGUGGAAUCCCUUCACCAGGUGAGAUCGCCCAAAAGCCGGAGCUGCAUGGACCAGCACAGCCAGAGUUUGGACGAUAUCCGCUUGUACAAGCGCCAGCACCCGUCACUAAGUGCCACGCUGUCGUCAGACACGUCCCACAGCUACACCUUUGGCUGCAGCCUCGAGGAUAAGCUGUCUGUCUACGGCUGCGUGUAUUCCACAGCGGACUGCAAAACCAAGUCUGCCCUUUACGGCAAGCGAUCCAUGAACUGCCUCUCCUUGGAUCUUCUGGGAGAGGACCAGCUCCCAGAAGAGUUUGUGGUGUAAUGAGAUAGGAGCUCUUCGAUACCAUGAAACAGCUCAUCAUGGAAAUAUAUACCUCAUUAACACAUGUGAUGUCACUCUGGUUCUUGCAGGAGAUGGUGAGCAGCUUUGUUAUUCAGCUCCGUAUCAGUAAGUGGCAUCACACCUGCAGACCUGGCUACAGGGCAAAUCAACUGGAGUGUAGCACUUAACACUGGCAUUGGUAGUGUCUGUCUGAGCAGAAAAUAGAAGUGGCCUGCACCCUUGGCAUACACAACUGACAUGAAAACCAAAAAACAGUGGACCAAAACUGGUACUGAGCUAGUAAAGCAAACUGUGUCUAAAUGGAUUAAUCAGAAAUUUAAAGUCUAUGUCAUGUUCCUGCCUUUCUCUUGUGGUCCAUGUCUCUUAAUUUUAGUGUAUAGAUAAUUUAGUUGUCUUCAGUUAGUGCUGCUGCAACAUUGCCAACAGCUGUCAGGCCAGAAUAUACUCUUAACAAAUUUGGAGGGCUGUGUAUGGAAGUGUCUGGCCUGCUCCAGUUGUAAUGAACACAAGUUGCUUAUUUGCUGCACUGGUAGCUAGACCUGCUCAACUAGGACUUUCUUCUUUUGUUGUUGUUACUUUGUUGUAAGCAUCCAGCCAAAUACAAUGUGUGGUCUUUUUGUUUUGUUUUGUUUUUGGGUGUUUUGGUUUUUUUGUUGUUUUUUUUUUUUUUAAUUUUUCUUUAUUGCAACAAAUGGAACUGAUUGUCAGCUGUCUACAACUCCUGUGAUGCAGAUUGGCAUUAUGUACUUGGGGAGUUAGGGAGGAGAUAAAGCAAAUAACUUGGCUGCUUCUGAGAGUACAGAGGGCAAGAGCAUUAAUUGAAUGGCUUUUGAAGAGAGGAGUGUGACUGGAGAAUUUGUCCAGGCAUGAUCACCCCUUACUUUGAUUCAUACUUUAAGUUGUUUUUUAGUUUGUUUUUAAUGAAUCUGCUCCGUAGACUUUUUUUCCCUCUGCUUAGGAAGCAAGUAAGUACUGGAGAAAGUCACUUUGCAAGGACAGACAGAGUGACUGUGUUGUACUUAGUCAUGGAUAGGUCAUGCAAAUAUGUGUGUGUUGUGCUGCAGGGCUGAUGAUGGUGGAAGCGUAGGGUGUUUGUGUGCCAGACCAAGGGUACUUGUUUGGUGAUCUUGAGAGUGGUGGAUCUGGCUGUGCUGGCUCUCACUAGGGAAAUAACCAUAAUUAUGCUGUUUGAUUCAAGCAUUUGGGGUGGAAAACAUCCUUCUACCUUGUUACAUGCAAAUAAAUAUAUUUGAUUUCCUUCCCUCACUAAUUCUCUGCAUUGGGAAGCUUUUACUUGAAGGCCCAGCUUUGUGCCCAACUUUUUUUUUGACAGCUGUGUGCUCUGGUGAAUUCUAGAAGUAGAGGAUACUAUUCUACUGGUUGGGAAAGUGUGUGUUGUGCAGUGUUGGUCAUCAAAAGCUGAAGAUAGCCUAAUUCAGGAAAGGACGGAAGCCAGACUAUGACAAGGAAAGUUUGAGCUACUGUUUUAAUGGUGGGCUUGCAAGUUCAGUAGUUGUCUGCUAAAUUGCAUUCCCAUAAGUCUUUAAGUAACAAAUCCAUGAAAUCCAUCAUCUUGCUACUUCUGAGUGUGAUGUAGAGACAGACCAUGCAGGUGCAUCUGUAUUUGCUGAAGUGGGACCAGCUGCUUUAUAUCCUCUGAGAUUAAUCCAGCACCAAAACCAAGCUGCGUGCACUGUAGCCAUGACUUAAUUGACUGUGCCCUCUUUGAUCACACUGAUCUUUUUUAAUGAACAAUUAGGAGCUGUAUGUUCACUGUAGCCUCUUUUCGUUCCAAACAAAGCCAAAAUGCCUUUGAAAAGUACUUGAGAUAUGUUUACUGCAUCCAAAAUAAAUUCUUCUAAGUGCAUCUAAAUGGAUAAAGGAAAUCUAGCUGGCUGCUCUUGAGCAGUCCAGUCAAGCCUCCCACUGUCAGUCACUCCCUGUUACCUGGGUCCUGUUGGGCCAUCAGCCACAGGAGAUGGGCCUGGCCAGGAUCCAGGAGGCUCUACUACAGGGAGCAGCCUUGCAGCUGUGCAGGAGCCUUGCUUUUGCAGCCACCACCGAGCUGGAGGGAUGGCUCUUACUGCAGCAGUGUUCCUGUCCAUGACAAAGGUCAGGGAGAGGUCGGGAGUGAGAGCCUUGCUAACCUGUUGCUCUCCCACCCAUGCAGAUGUACAGUUACUUGUGGUUCUGGGAAUGGUUGUUAACAGGAAAAAAAGGUCAAAAUUCAGUCGGCAUAGUUGUUUGAAAAGUCUCAUAAAAUGUGUGUGCACCAUGUGCACGCUUCUCUCAAAGACAAUCACGUCCAUAUCUGCUUCAGCCUAACCACAUCACAGAAGUGUUUAUUGCCACUGGGCAGCUCACUGUUCUGCUUUUGCAGUCAGCAGGCAUCCAAAGGAUUUGGUGAAGCGCUGUAAUCCUGCUGCCUCCGGUUACAAAAUGCACCAAUGCCUGAAAACAGUGUAGCCGACUCUUGCAGGAGCAAUCCACUGCUUGUACGUUCCUGGGGGAUUCUUGUAUUUAUUCAUGGCUGGUAGGGAAGGCAAACUACAUGUCUGGCCGUAUUCUCUCUGUGGUCUGUGCAGCUCCCUCCAGUACUGUAAGUGACAUGUGCAUAUGAAGGGCAGACCAGACACUUUUGUGCAUAGACUGAGAAUAAAUCAAUAUCUUACGAGCACUGUGAAUAUCUAUUAUGCAACUUUUGUAUUCAUAUAAAAAGAAAAGAAAACAAAACAAAACCACCUGUUUUUGUUUCUGUUUAGUAAUACAUUUAUUUUUUGUUUGGAUUUAGAAGGUCUCUUACUUUUGGGUUUGAUAGUUUGGUAGAUGUUAGUGUGUAAGCAUUUAUCAGCAAAUGUUAGAAACUAGCUGCCAAUAUUUGUAUAUAUUUGUAAAAUAUUGCUGUUAUAAUCACUCUAUUUUAAUGUUAAAAGUUUCUCCUUUCCAUGAAAGGAUUUUCAUGUUUAAAAUUAAAUAUAAAUAAUUAUA